CUCUCCGGUCUUCGCUGCUUUGUCACGGAGUGCACUCCAGUAGCUCCAGCUUCAUCACUGCACUUGGAUAUCUUCAGUACAUUAGAGAGAGAGAGAGAGAGAGAGAGAGAGAGAGAGAGAUGGUGGGUUCAAGAGAAUCCAUGGCCAUCGUGUUCACCGUCGCUCUCGUCCUGCUCUCGACCACCGUCGGACCGUCGACAGCGAGAGAGAUCCGCCCGGCAGAUCACGGCCUGGAGUACCAGAGCUCGCCGCCCUCAGGAGUGGACCCGCCACCAGACAUGACGUCGUUCUUCGGGACAUCGUCAUCAGCAUCUCCGCCGCCGCCACCGUCGUCUUUGUCCUCAUCCAGCGCUCCAGCCACGGACACCGCAUUGACAGGGCCGAUGGAAUCGAGCAGCUCCUGGCCGCAGCAUCGCGGCGGCGGCGGCGGCGGCGGCGGAGGAGGGAGGGAUCGGGUGAGGGACGUGCUGGUGGUGGCGAGCAUAGCAUGUGGGGCCGUCGGGGUGGUGCUGCUGGGGGCGUCGGCUUUUCUUUUCCUCUUCCGGUUCAAAAGAGAAAGAGCCCGACCAGAACCUCAGUCAACAAGUCAACAAGAAAAAUAAUAUUCCAAAGCAAGUAACUGUUUUUACCAUUGCUUGCUUUCUCUUCUUUCUUUUCUUUUUUUAAUCUUUCGUUUUUUUUCAAUUUUUUUUUUGCUUUUCAUUGCAUGUUAUGUAAAUCGAAGAGAUGGGGUUUAUGAUUUAUGUAAAUAUGCUAAUAUUCCUGACGAAAUUAUCAAAAAAAAAA